AUGGCUUCGACACCUUCACCCAGAGUCGAGCGCACGACCAUCGCGGGGUCGAUCGAGAUACCCCGCAUGCUCAACGGUCUCUGGCAGCUCGCUGGCGGGCACGACCAGGACAUUGAUGUGGCAGCCGCCGCAGAGGCAAUGGGUGACUUAAUCGAUGCUGGCCUCGACGGCUUCGACAUGGCGGACCACUACGGCCCCGCGGAGCUCGUCAUCGGACACCACAACCACACCUCGCGCCGGCCCAUCACGGCCUUCACCAAGUGGUGCCCCCCCGAGGGCGGCGACAAAUCCUUCGCCACCGCCGAGGCCGCCGUGGACCUCGCGCUGCGGAGGAUGAAGCAGGAGCAGAUCGCCCUCAUGCAGUAUCACGUCUGGGACUACACCGACGACACUUACCUCUGCAACCUCGCGCACCUGCGCACCCUCCAGCAGCAGGGCAAGAUUGCGCACCUGGGCCUGACGAACGUGGACGCGGCGCAUCUGGAGCUGCUGAUCCACUCGGGCUACCCGAUCGCGACGAACCAGGUGUCGUGCUCCGUGAUUGAUCGCCGGUUGGUCCGAGGGCGCAUGGCGGAGGUCUGCGCCCGGCACGGCGUCGGCGUCCUGACGUACGGAACGCUGCUGGGCGGGUUCCUAAGCGAGAAAUGGAUCGACGCGCCGGAGCCGACGGACAUGCAAGGGCUGAACUGGAGCCUGAGGAAGUACCUGCGGUUCGUCCGCGCGGCCGGGGGUGGGCGCCUUUCCAGCGCCGUUGCCAACGUUGCGCGGAAGCACGGCGUACCGGUCGCCGCGGUGGCGAUGCGGUGGGUGCUGGACAUUCCCGUCGUCAAGGCCGUGAUCAUCGGAGCGCGGCUGUCCCAGGAGAGCGGGAAGUACACGGCGGGGAACCUGGCGGCGUUUGGGUUCGCCCUGGACGACGAGGACAGGGCUGCGAUUGCCGAGGCCCAAGAGGCGUUGACGGAUAUACCGGGGGACUGCGGCGACGAGUACCGGCGGGCGCCGUUCCUCACGGCCUCGGGCGACUUGAGCGACCACAUCAAGGAACGAGACGAGCGACGCAAGGUCGAGGAGGCCAUUGCCAGCGGGCAGAGGGUGGAAUAUCACACUGGCAGCAAGUGGGAGCCGAUUGCCGGGUACUCGCGCGCCGUGAGGGUGGGGAGCAUCAUCCGGGUGUCCGGGACGACGGCGAACCCGCCGGCCGAGCUGGGGUCACUGCUGGCGGUGGUUGGAGGGACGUCUGCGCGCUCGCAGACGGUUGCGGUGUUUGAUAUCAUUGAGCGAGCCGUCAAGCGCUUGGGUGGAAGCAUGUCGGAUGUCGUUCGGACGAGGGUGAUGAUCCGACGGGAAGAGGACGUGGUGGGGGUGUCGGAGGCGCAUGGCUGGGUGUUCAAGUGUCACAGGGUAUGGCCGGCGAAUACGCUGACGACGGCUGGGCUCAUUGGGGACGAGAUGCUGGUUGAGAUUGAGGUGGAAGCGGACGUCGGCAGCGGCGAGUCUGUGUUAGUGGUUGAGUGA